AGGGAGAAGCGCUACAAAUGCUUGGAAUGUGGGAAGACCUACAGCCGGAGCUCCAUGCUCCUCACCCACCAGCACAUCCACACGGGAGAACAGCCCUACACGUGUGGGGAAUGUGGGAAGAGCUUCAGUCAUAGGUCCAGCCUGAUCCGCCACCGGAACAUCCACACCCGUGAGCAUCUCUACACAUGCUUGGAAUGUGGGCAGAUCUUCAGCCGGAAAUCCCACCUGAUCGGACACCAGAUCAUCCACACCGGGGAACGGCCCCACAAGUGCUUGGAAUGUGGGAAGAGCUUCAGGCGGAGAUCCCACCUGAUCGGCCACCAGCGCAGCCACACAGGGGAACGGCCCCACAAGUGCUUGGAAUGUGGGAAGAGCUUCAGCGACAACUCCACCCUCCAGAACCACCAGCGCAUCCACACUGGGGAACGGCCCUACAAGUGCUUGGAAUGUGGGAAGAGCUUUAGCUGCAUCUCCUACUUGAUCUUGCACCAGAAGACUCACACUGGGGAACGGCCCUACAAGUGCUUGGAAUGUGGGAAGAGGUUUCUGACCAGCUCACAUCUCCUCAGGCAUCAGCGGAUGCACAGGGAGGAGAGGCCCUUCCGCUGCACCGACUGUGGGAAGAGCUUCAAGGACAACUCCAUGCUCAUCACCCACCAACGCAUCCACACCGGGGAGAGGCCCUACCAGUGUGAGGAGUGUGGGAAGAGUUUCAUCAGCAGCUCCCACCUUGUCAGGCACCGGCGCAUCCACAGCGGGGAGAGGCCCUACAAGUGUGACAAGUGUGGGAAGAGCUUCAAUCAGAGCUCUAACUUGACCACACACCAAUGGACCCACCAGUAAGAGAAGCCCUGUGAGCGCCUUGACUGCGGGAAGAGCUUCAUCUGCUGCUCCAACUCCAUCACCCAUCGGAGGACCCACGUUGGAUGAUCCACAGUGACCCACAUUGGGCACAGACCUGGUGACUCACAUUCCAGAUGAUACACAUUGGGAAGACAUCUGGCAGGUGGUCUCCAUCCUCCUGGUUCCCUGUAGGCAUCUGGAUGAAGGCAGGGGGAGGAACAUUCAUCAGAACACAGACUAAGAUUGGAAAUUCAUUGGGAAGAGCAAAUUUUUUGACUUUAGACCUGUGGCAGGACAUCUCCCCUGGAAUGUCCAAGUAAACUAUGCCAUGGCCCAGUGGCGUAAGGAAUAGGGACGUAACACUGCACAGAAGGGUCCGACAAGAUAGAAGGUUGGGGUGCAAUGGCCCCUUUAUUAAGGGAGGACUGGGACUUAUCUAGGGUUCAGCUGAGGGAAGUUCGGUAACCGGGGCAGAGCAUGAGACGGACAGCUGUUACGACCCGCCCCAGGAAAAGAGGGGGGAGGGGGUAACCCAGGUUUUAUCAAAAAUUCCUUUGGGGUGGA